GACGGGGUCCUGGCGCCGCCAUAUUGCACUCAGUUCCCUUGUUGUUCUGUGGAUGUGAAUGAGUCGCGGGAGAGACGGACGGACUGGGAGAGGGAGAGAGGCACACACAUCGUUAUCGCUUCAGCUCCGUCACCUGAAGCACUUUCCCCUCCCCAUCCCCCAACCCUCCCCUCCCCAAAUUAACACUGUCGCUGAAGGAUUGCAACCGUUUGGUGACAAGAAAAUAUUGAAAACGCCCACAUCAAACUGAAAGGAGACAGUUGAAGUAAAACUAUGUCCGGAAUUGCAUUGAGUCGGCUUGCGCAAGAAAGAAAAGCCUGGAGAAAGGAUCAUCCUUUUGGCUUUGUUGCAGUACCAACAAAGAAUCCAGAUGGUACUUUAAACUUAAUGAACUGGGAAUGUGCUAUUCCGGGUAAAAAGGCAACGCCGUGGGAAGGUGGGCAGUAUAAGCUUCGGAUGCUGUUUAAGGAUGACUACCCCUCAUCGCCACCAAAGUGUAAAUUUGAGCCUCCAAUAUUCCACCCGAAUGUGUAUCCCUCUGGUACUGUGUGUCUAUCCAUUCUAGAGGAAGAUAAGGAUUGGAGACCUGCUAUUACUAUUAAGCAGAUAUUACUAGGAAUUCAAGAACUUCUAAACGAACCAAACAUUCAAGACCCAGCACAAGCAGAAGCAUACACAAUCUACUGCCAGAACAGAGUAGAGUAUGAAAAACGAGUGCGAGCACAGGCCAAGAAAUUCGCUCCAACAUAAAACCAAGCAACUAAAGGAUGUGGAUUUCUGACUGUCGGCUGAGAAAGAAGGCACGCUUUUCACAUUUAGCAAGUUCCUGUUACAAGCAAUUGGCAGUCUUUUGGGAAAAUAAAUUGCAUCGUUACUCGGACAGUUCUAGUUCACAAAAAAUGGCAAAUCAUCUCGGCACGAAACUUGUGUUUCUCCGGCGGCUGUAGUAAAUUUCUUUUAUUUUUUAAAAAAAGCCCUAAUGUUCUGUGGUUCAAUUGACCUUUCUUCAGUGUAGCCAGAAUUUGGGGCUCCAGUUUAGUGCUGGCUAACAUGCAAAAUGUGGUUGGAUUUUUCUUUCUUCCCAGUUUAUGUCCUUGAAUGGUUUUUUCAGACCUAACCUUAAUCAUCCUGGCAUAUUUGGCAAAUGUUUGGACCAUUCUUCGAGAGGAAGAUUUUACACGAAGAAAGUGAAAACAGAUACAGAUCUAUUUGCAUACCAUGGUCUGCAUUUUGCUCCAAACGCCAAGGCUUUCUUAAAUCCACAUUGGCCCUUUGAAAGAGACUUGGAAGACCUGUAAUAAAUGAUGUAUUUUAAAAAUAAACCGUUAAUAAAAUGUUCUUUCUAUCCACCUAUUCUGCCCCACCCCUAGUACUUGCAAACGUGUGAUGUUCCCUAUCUAGGUUGCUGUCAUAGUUGAAAGAACUUGCAGCUCUUCCUGAGCAGUUUCUGAUACACGGAAGCUGAGUGGAUGUUCUCAGCCUGCAGCGCAGCGCAAUUGCUUUUAACUUUUUAAACUGGUAACUCCAUUUCAAAUGCGGUGGCAUGGCGCGUGUGACUUGUCUGAUUGCAGCUGUCUGCACGUGUAUUCUCUUGUCUCCUGCUCUCACUUUGUUUUGCUGUGGACUUCCUCCCUUUGCUGUACUUCUGGGUAAAGUGACACUCACCUUAUUUUCUCUCUGGAAAGUUACGUAAGCUGUUACAAAUGUUUCCAAAGUCUGGGAAUGGAUUUUUAAAGAAGUGGUGCGAAGUUAUCUUGUGAAUCUUCGUGCAGGGUUGCCAGGCUUGCAGAAAUGAUAUUUGAAUUAACGUGAUGUUGGUUUGCAUAAAAAACAAAGUGCAUGUUUAAGAUUGGACUGUAGAUGCUUGUUCAUCACUUGCAAGUACAGAUUGCUAAUGAAUAUUUUCCAGUAUUUCACAAUUGAUAUUUUUGAUAAAGCAGUUGCUCAAAAAUACUAAAUUUUGUGCUGCUGGGAAUAGUGCAGCUUUUUCUUUCUAAAAAAAAAUCUCUAAUUGGGUACAGUUAUUUGCUUGACUCCUUAGACUUGUUUUGGAAUGAACCACGUUGAGGGUUUUGCUUGCAACUAGUUCAGAUCCUCUUCUAAUGAAAUCUCAAGGUUAGUUGAGGAGGCCAGUAGAUUUUUUUCAAAAUGAGGAAGGUUGCUGCUGAUCGUGGGAAGAGCUAGUAGAGUACACCACAAAGUAGAUUCUUUUGUGGCCCUCUUUCUUUUAAGGAGAUUGUUAAACUGAACCUGUUGCUGGAUUAGUGUUCAGUUAAUGGAAUCCAUUGUUGAACUGUAUUGGUUUUCUCAGUAGUUAAACUUGUGCUGCUUGUCUUUUCAGGCUUGAGACUCAAACCUGCUGGACAGUUUAAUUAUAAUUAUGCAAAUGCCUGUAAUUUACUGGAUUCAUUCAGUGCAGACAGUAGUACAGUAAUAAACUGGCCAUCUUUGUUUAUGAGACUUCAGAAAUCCAAUUUGAUUUGCUUUUGGGAUAUGCAACUUAAGUUGUCAGUGUAAUUGCGCAUUUUAGAAUUGCAGCCCUUACAUUGGUGGCAUGGCAUAUAAUAGAUCUGGAGGAUGUUAUGACACUUUUUGGCAGUAUGACUUCUGUCAGUGUAUAUGAAGGAUGCUUUGAAAUAGUAAAAAUCUGAACUUCAGUGCUUUUGAUCACUUGGGAGGUUUAAUUUGGCUGUUUCACUCUGAAAAGAUUGUUCCACAAUACCAGUGUCCACCUUGCUGAUCAACUUGGUGUUUUUAACUGUAUGUUUUGAUGAUGCCAUGUAUUUAAAGUGCAGGAGACCUGAACUAUAAAGAUAGUGAAUUCCAAUGCACUUGAAAUGGUUCUUGAUUUUCACCUAGCUUUGUGCCAUCUGACUUCUGAAGUUGGCAGAACUCUCCUGUCGCAUUUAGGUCAUUCCUCUGCUUGGAUCAGUCUCUAUGAUCCAUAGUAAGUUGGCUUUCCUUGGUUUGCUUUUAAAUUUCAGGCUUCCUGAAUUGCUUUGCUCAUUCACAUUUUUUCGGUCACGUUUGUAUGAAAAAUCAUUCUCUGCAUGUUUCAUGUUGCUGGCAGGGCUAGCAUUUGCUUCUUGCCUGUGUAUGGUUGAGCUCUGGUUCCCUGAAAAAUAAUCUCUGGUUUUGGAAGGAAUUUGACUACUGUGCAAGGCAACAUCAGCCUUUUUUCUGUUUGCUGAAAUCUUAGCAAUAACACUACCAGUUCUACAUCUGGCACAUCAUGUUGAAUAUCACUUGGUUUAAGUUACUGCUAAUAAUAGAUAUUUCAUAGCUUCUCAAUACUUUUGCAAAGCAUCAAAAAGAGAAUAUGGCGAUAAACCACAUUGAUCCCUGUCUCCUGUCUGUUCUCAUCCCCGUCUCUUUUUUUGUUUUCUCACCCGCCAACCCCUCCUUAGCCUGUGCUUUCAUCUCCCCUCUCCACCAUUGCAAUGUGACAGUACUAGUGUAUUUUUCUUCUGAUCCUUUAUUCUGUCUAAAUGGUUUUGGCUGCUGCUGUCAUGUGUGCUGUCAUGCUAAGGGAUCUAGUUUUUCUUUGUGCCUUGUGUUUCUCCUCAAAAAAUGUUGAGGCUGUCUCUGCACAGCAUGGAUGAAUUGACUUCAUCUUGUUUAAAAUAACCCUGUUGUGUGUCUCUGUCUCCCCCAUGGUUCAGCUCAGUCUAAAUCCCAUUUUUAGCUAUGAUAGUUGUUUUUAAAUCAUAUGCUUCUAAAUGGUAUUCCUUAGCUCCUCAUAUCCUUUAUGUACAUUCCAUGAUGGCAUUGUUGCUGAUUUUGUUGGUUCUACCAUUUUGGUCAUGUGAAAGAAAUGGGACUACAUAAUGGUCAUAAAACUCAAUCUGUCUUGUUUCGCAUCUUGUCAGUUCUUAAUUAUUGCUUCUCUCAUUUAUUAUUAAACAUAAGAUUUAGACCACACUUGCAGCAGUAUGACUGAAUCCUAUGGCAUCCUUGAUUUGGUGGGAAGCAGGAGAAAUGUCACGUUCUCUUGCAUGAAGCAUGACUUGCCCAUGCCUACUUGGCAUUUCACGCUUAAAUUCUGUCAGUCACCAGUGUUAAAAUCUUUGUCUAAAUGAUUGUCUUUGUUAAGUGUACAGUGUUAAACAUCUAGUAGCAUAUGUAAACUGUAAUUUUCAAGAAGGUUCUGCUGCCUCCACAGAUUUCAACUAGCAACGACCCUUUCUGCAGUCCAGUUUUGAACAGUGGUUGUCUCAGGAACCUGUGGAAUCAUGAGUUCAGGAUGUGCUCUCCAAGUUUAUUCCUGACCAAAUAAUUAUUUGGAACAGUGCAUUCUCACUCUUCAAUGUACAUGUGACUUUUUAGUAAAAGUUGAAGAUGCUGAAUCCAGGAAAGAAUUUUUAAAAAAAUUAAUAGUGUCAUUUUCUCAGUUGGAAAAUGACUUAUCUAUCUAAUAACAUAGCCUAAGAUUACAGCUAUUCUUCAGAACUUCUGAGCAAUGAGGCUGAUAACCAAUUCUGUCCUCCACCUGCUCUCCCCUCUUAUUAUGUGAAAUAUAAUUAAUCCAAUCUCAAUUGUGUAUCAUUCCAAUUGACCCAGAACAGGUAACUUGCUAAAAGAAUAGUAACGAAAGCACCCUUGGAACACUGGGUACAUCCAUUUUUGUUUAUAUUUUUGAUGGAUAAAAUGACAAAAAUAAAAUUUAAAAAAAAGUAAACCAGUGUUCCAGGGUGACACUGUAAACUUGUACAAUACUUUUAUAUCUUUUUUUCAUAGUCCAUUGGGUUUUGAAAAUAGAAUUGGCAUGUCUUUAGAAAACAUGCUGGUUUUAAUGUCAGCCCCACCCCACCUGCCAACCUGUUCCUGUCCCUCAUCCCCCUUUCUCCCUCUCCUGGAAAAGAGACAAAAAACAAAAAAAAAUUGAUGGUUGUAAUGGUUGCUAUUGCAUGGCCUUGUGUGGUUGGGAAUAUGUAGUGUUUUUGUCUUGUGUGUCACCUUGCUCACCAUGUUGUUAAAGUUGGAUGACAGUGACUGUGGUCAUUAUGAUCAAGUCACUCUGAACCCCCAUGGUUACAAUCUUGUUGCUGCUCAAGUCUCAAUGAUCUUGGGUCAAACCAGCUUUUAAUUUGAAACAGUAAAAGUGCCCUUACAUUCACAAACCUCUGUACUUCUGUUUUUAUCAGUUGUUCAGAUUGAAAGUUGUGCUGUCGUAGAACUGUGGUGUUUUUGAGUUAUCCCAUACUUUUCAAAAUAGUCUGUGUUGCACCAAGCACAAACCUUUUGGAAAUUUUUUUUUAAAAAGCUGGGUCAAAUAUGAAGGGUGUUCUCAACAUGUACGAAAUGUCUUUUGGAUACAGUAUCUGAACUUCGUAAUUGCUUUUAGAUUUUGAUCAAAAUGUAGGUAAGGCAAGCUUUCUUUCUCUUCCUCUGCAGUUUGUUGUUUGUUCAGAACUGCAUGGCUUGUUUGUCUCUGACAUCUGUACUGUCACCAAAUAUGUAGUGAAUUCUUAACACAACACUGCAAACCAGUUUACUGCUUACCAGUUUGUAUUUACCGUAGUAAUACAAUUUCUCAGUUGCAAGUGUUGCUGAUACUUUUAUAGUUUGCUCAUUAACUUUUGUUUUCCAAUUGGACAAAGAACUGAUGGAGAAUGCUUGGCAGUGUCUGUUUGAACAUUUGAUGUUCUGAAGUUUAAAGCUUUUCUCUGGUUUUUAAAAAUAACCAUACUGAAUGAAGUGCAGUUGGAGGACGUGUGCCAGGACCCAAUGUUAACCAUUUGUUGACCAGCUGGCCAAUCACAUUUCCUCAGUUGGCCCACCCCCAUCAAAGUUGUAUGGGCUUAAAGUUUACAACUUUGCUUUCGUAUGUAAUGGUAUUUUGGAGUCUGGAGAAAUGGUGGAAGUUAAUUGCAUCAAUACACAAACCUCAUGUAAACUCUUGAUAACUUCAAAGUGAGGGGGACACAACCCACUGUUCAUUGGUCCAAGGUUCGGUUGUGUUUCUCCGGGUCAUUGUUCAUUUUGAAGCCCGUUUUCUGUGAAAUGUAUGUCAUUCUGUAACCUUAAUACAAUAUGGUGGAAUGUGAGACAUAAUUGACAUGGAUUCUGCUGCUUUCCCAAGCACAAGUUUCCAAAGGCCAUGUUUGCUCUCCUUAUCUCUUGCUUGCCCGAAAAGUGAAAUUGUAUAAUUGAAAAAGCAGCUCGGACGGCAAGAAAAAUACGCUUGUUUAAAAUAAAUUUAUAAUGAAUGAAAAGUUUAAACGUGAAGAAAUCAUUCCAUUGUUGAGGCUCAAACUGCCUCUGAGCACCAUGUACCAUUGCAGUUCAUGCACCAUUUCAAUCACUGAUACCUCUGUUUGUAUGCUGUUUGUUAAUGUAUUUGUGUUUAGAAAAAGAAAUUAAAAAGCGAAAAGUAAGUGGCUUCCUUGUCUUUUAUAAAAGUGCUCGUUAAAUAGACACUUGCGUAUUCACCACCAGUCUGCAACACUUUAUAGAAAAAGGCUGUGCUAACUAUAGUGAUCUCUUUAUUAAACAAUUUAUGGUCUGGACUGUGUGGAACAGAAAUGGUGGUAUGGGGCACUGACAUGAUUUGACUAUAAUAAAACUUGAGCAACAGCACUUCCCUAUACUCUGUAAUUAUUAAAAUGCAUUUUGGCUUAAUGCUAGGUUUUGUUUCCCUUAAGUGCUUUGUCAAAUAAUUGUUUGGCUACUGAAGAGAGAGGUGAGCAAUUCUCUUUCCCAGUUAUUAGAAAUUUUGUUUUAAAUAAACAUGAUGGAAGUUUUGACUGGCUUUCUUUGUAAGUAAGGAGCAUUAACACAAUUGAAAUCUUCAGACUGAGAAAUUGAACAAGUGGCAGGAUCAAUUUUACCAUUGAUCUUUAACAAUAAAUACUGUUACGGUAUCUCA